CUCAUCGGUAAGCAGGCGGCGGCGGCGAUGGCAUCCCUCGGCGUUCUCCUAGUCGUCUCUGUAGACUCCUACCUCGAGGCGGAGCUCGACCGCCGCUUUAAUCUCUUCCGCCUGUGGGAAUCACCGCCCUCCCGGCGGAGGGAGUUCCUCCAGGCCAACGCGCCGUGGAUCCGGGCGGUGGUGGGAAGCCCCAACGGGUGCGCGGACGCGGAGCUCAUCGACCAACUUCCAAAUCUCGAGAUCGUCGCGAACUGCGGCGUCGGCAUCGACAAGGUCGACCUUCCGCUGUGCCGCGAGCGGGGUAUUCGGGUCGUGUACACCCCCGACGUCGUCACGGACGACACCGCCGACCUAGGAAUCGGCCUCACCAUCGCUGCCCUGCGGAGGAUCUGCGACGCCGACCGCUACACGAGGGACGGUUCAUGGAAGGAUAAAGGGAAUUACAAGCUCACUUCUAAGUUCAGUGGAAAAGCCGUUGGUAUCUUGGGUCUUGGCAGGAUUGGACUUGCAGUUGCCAAAAGAGCACAAGGAUUUGGCUGCCCUAUCUGCUACUGCUCGAGAUCUGAGAAGCCAAACACAAACUAUAAGUACUAUCCCAGUGUUCUUGACUUGGCUUACAAUUGCCACGUGCUCGUCGCCGCAUGCCCGCUUACAGACGAAACACACCACAUCAUCAAUCGAGAGGUGAUCGAGGCAUUGGGUCCGAAGGGUGUGCUCGUCAACAUUGGACGCGGUUCCCUUGUCGAUGAGAAAGAACUUGUUUCGGCACUGCUUGAUGGUCGGCUAGGAGCAGCUGGGCUUGAUGUGUUCGAACAUGAACCUCAUGUGCCAGAGCAGUUGUUUGGUCUGGAGAAUGUAGUUCUGGUACCUCAUAUUGGAACCGACACGGUAGAGACUACCAAAGCGAUGUCAGAUCUAAUUCUCGAUAACUUGGCGGCCUACAUGCUGAAUAAGCCUCUACUAACACCGGAUAUCGACAAAGAGUAUCGAAGGGCUAGAUUACUAGCAGGCUGGCUAUCUUGUUAAAAUUGACACCAUCAGGAGUGCAAAUGAAGCGAGCUGCCAAAAAAAAUCAAUGACCAGUCAACUACUGUCACAUUCAUAUAAUUCAAAUCAAAGGGAAUUUUACAA